AAUGUUUUGGCGAGGGGGCUAAUCUGUUUGUCAAUGGUAAGCUUUUGGAGGAGAAAAUUUUUGCGCAAUUCAAUGUUCUGGCUGCCGGCGAUAUUGAUAGACUUAUGGACAUGUACUCAACUUUAAACUAUUGCUCCAAUCUAACCAGAGGGAUGGAUGAGUGCGAUAAAAUAUCUAGAAUGAUAAAAUGCGGCAAGGACAAUUCACCAGCAGUAGUGCAAAGCCUUACAUCUUCUUUGGAGAGCUCAAUCGCACAAGCUCCGCCGAUUUUGCCUCCAAAAGAGGCUGUGUGUCCGACUUUCAAAUGCAUAGCACUGGACUACAGGAAACGGGCCAUGGAUGCAGUAUUAAACUAUUCAAACAACUUUAACUUUUUAGCCGAUGCCGGGAAGGUCACAACUAUGUGCGGAAAGAAGUUUUUUCUGAUCUAUACAACGCCUUCAUUGUGGACAGCCCCUGCAUUGGAAUAA